CAGAAUUUUGCAACACUCUGAUCCAGCAUUCUGUAACUCAAAAGAUUAUCGAUGGAGCAAUUGAAGGUUCGGAUUGAUCAAAUGGUAAAUCAGCUGAAACAAAGGAGUCUUGGUCAAUCUAAUGUGGAUCUGUUUGAAAUGAUUGGGAAAUUGGAGCAAGCAAAGUCUUAUUUGCUUGCUGAAGCUAUGCGUACUUUUGAUCCUCUUCCUUCGGGGUUUUUCGAUGGCCUUCCUACUGAUUUUCAACAAGCAGGCCCAGUAAAUGCUCCUCAGUUUCAACAACCAGCCCCAAGGCUUCCCCAACCAACCCCAAUGUAUGCUCCUCGGCUUCAACAACCAACCCCAAUGUAUGAUCCUCGCUUUCAACAACCAGCCCCAACAUAUGCUCCUCCGCUUCUACAAGCAGCGCCAAGACUUCAACAAGCAGCCCAUGUAGCUGAUGGUCAGCAGGUGUCAGUGUUUCCACAAGCAGCCCAGGUGGGUGAUGAUUACAGAUGGAUGUAUUUAUGGGACCCAUCUGAUGAGCACCGUUUUGUUCCGGUGACCCAUCUUCCCAUCCCUUGGUUUACCACAAUGCUGACUAAAUCUGCAAAAGAUCACGGGCUAGAAAUUAAUGAUGGAGAUACUUCCACCUUAAUGCAAAAUAGUCCUCCUAAGAGCUUUUUAAACUCACCAAAGUUCUGUAGUGUAGGCAUGCCAGUGACUUUGACGAGUUCAAAGUUGCUUGGACUUGGUAAUAUGACUACUUGCCCAGGUUUGUUGAUUGGCGCUCGGCAAGGAAUGGGAUUAUUCCUAUAUUGGCCAACAUUGGGGCACAAAUUUCCGACUAAUGCAAUUAUUCGCCUAUCUUUUCAAUGGAAAGUGUUUGGCUCAAAGUACAAGCUUUUUAUUACCAUCAAUGAGGAAGUGUCUGAACCAGUGGGAACUUCUAAUCGAUCCGUUGGGAGAAAGAGGCGCUACUAUACAGGUUCAGUAUGAGAGGUUGAUGGAGCAUGGUCUGUUAUCCCCCGAGAGAUCAAAGAAGGCAUUCGAGAAAAAGCAGAGAAAGCAGAAGCAAAUUCGCAUGGGGACUCCUAUUAAAUCUCCUCCUCCGCGACCAUUCAUAAGCAAAGCCGAGAGCUCAAAAAAGCAACAGCAAGUAUCAAAGAACGGCGAUAUAAAGGCGAAGAAACGACUAAAAAGUGAUAGUAGUGAUGACGAUGAUGAUGAUUUCAUUCUGAGCCCAAAGAGAAGAAAAGGGUAAAACAAAAGCUCUGCAUUUGCAAGAAUGAUAGACUGGAGGAGCCAUUCUUGAUUUUCUGUUAUUAUUGAAAAUGAAAAAAUAAAAUAAAUAUUUAUAGUUUACCAAUUGUACAAUGGAAGUACAGUUGUUAUAGAAACACAGUUUUCUGUAUAAUGUAAUACUCUUUGCUUAGUUUUUUCUCUUUCAAGGAUUAGAAGAUGAAUACAAAAAUUCUGUGUUUUUUCAAA